AAUAAAGACGGGUUCUACACUGGUUUCAUCAAGGUCCACUUUCAGUUGCUUCGGCCGAUCUCCCUCCCUCCUCCUCAGAGCCUGUGCUCGACACAAGACGGAGAUCAGCAGGACAGGCGGAUGAAACGGCGGACAUCUUUCUACCUCCCCAAAGAUACUGCAAAGCACCUGCACAUAAGCUCACAAACACGGGUACGGGAAGUCAUUGAGGCACUGCUCAACAAGUUCACUGUGGUGGACAACCCGGCCAAGUUUGCCCUGUUUGAACGCACUGAAAGACAAGGUCAAGUGUACACGCGCAAAAUGUCUGACGAUGUCUGUCCACUCUACCUACGCCUGUGUGCUGGACCCAGUGAGAAAGUCCUGAGUCUGGUUUUGAAAGAAAAUGACACUGGGGAUGUCAAUUGGGAUGCGUUCAGCUUUCCUGAGCUGUGCAACUUUUUGCGGAUCCUGAAACGAGAAGAAGAGGAGCAUGUCCGGCAGAUUGUGAAGCGUUACACUCUUGCGAGAGAAAGGACGAAGCAGGCGAUGGCGAGGAUUAAUACACCUGCUUGACUCUGAGAGAAAAAGAGCCUUCUGCUGCCAUCAUGGAUCAGUAUCACUGAUAAAUACGAAUAUUUCAAGCAAUGGAAAAGUGAGAAGACCUGACAAUGACACUGUGUAGAAAAAGGGUUGUUUUAGAAGAAGGGAUACUGCUGUUACAUUUAGAGAGAACCUGAAGACACUGCCACUGAGUGUGUGAGUUUAACCACUAUUGUGAACUGGCAAAAAACAUUUAAG